CGCAGCCCAUUGGUGUGUGCCUGUGUUUAAGUGACACUUGAUAUUCUGGAUUUCCCCUGAUUGUUAAUGUGGUUCAAAAGGAAAAUAAUAAGUAUUAUCAGGGUUUUUCAUUUAGUAGUAGUUGUAGUAUAAUGUGCAAUGUUUUACCUUAAAAUUGAUGUGUUAUCUGUUAGAUAGCAGAUGUAACAGAUAUACCAGCCCUUCUCUUUAUCAAAGCUGUGAGGAAAUGAUGUACUACAUAAACAGACCCAAAUGCCCUCGCCGUAAUGUUAACAGAACUGCGGGAAAGCAGUGGUCAGCAGGCGGGGGCGAAGGACAGUCUACCUGUGUCCUGGCUAGCGAACUACCGGUGUUGCUCCCGCCUGUAUAACGUUACCAGAGCACGUGCUUAAAAUGGGCCAGUAAACGUCUAUAAAGGGGUUUAAGAACCCCCACGUGCAGAAACGCCCUGACUUGCUGCCCGCAAUCACGAUACUCAGUGGAGUUGAGUGGUGAGACGACUACAUCGACUCGACUACAUCGACUCGACUACAUCGACUCGACCACAUCGACUCGACCACAUCGACUCGACCACAUCGACUCGACCACAUCGACUCGACCACAUCGCCUCGACCACAUCGCCUCGACCACAUCGCCUCGACCACAUCGCCUCGACCACAUCGCCUCGACCACAUCGCCUCGACCACAUCGCCUCGACCACAUCGCCUCGACCACAUCGCCUCGACCACAUCGCCUCGACCACAUCGCCUCGACCACAUCGCCUCGACCACAUCGCCUCGACCACAUCGCCUCGACCACAUCGCCUCGACCACAUCGCCUCGACCACAUCGCCUCGACCACAUCGCCUCGACCACAUCGCCUCGACCACAUCGCCUCGACCACAUCGCCUCGACCACAUCGCCUCGACCACAUCGCCUCGACCACAUCGACUCGGUAUCAGUCCAUACUUGCAAAAAUAUCCAUUCUACCUAUGUUUGUCCUGUUUUCUUUCGGUUCUGCAGUCUGUCGUUUUUGAUAACUUAAUUCUAUGUGACCUGUGUCAAAUUGCACCGUGCAAUGACAGGGCUGAUCCUUUGGCGUUAACAAUGGCUGAUCCUUUGGCGUUAACUCUCUUGCCGGAGUUUGUGUAGAAUGCAUUUAUUUAUUUUUUACUACAGAUUGCAUCAUCAGAAGAAAAAAAAGUUACAGGACAAAUAUAGGUACACAUGAAAGAAUGGACAUUUUUACAAGUAUCAACUGAUAGACUUGAUAGUAGUAGGAGGUAGGCUUCACUCUGCCAAAACUCAUCGCCUCGCCACUCAACUCCAUUGAGCAUCGCGUAGUAUGGAUGCACAUUUUAAGUAAUUUCCCUAUUCAAAUAAUAUCAGGAAAUUGCUUAGUUGAAAAACACGAUAAAAAAAAUAAAAUCACCUUUGUUUAUACUUUGCUACAUAGCAGCGGGGGGGUAUAAUUUGUGGAACGUUUCAACAGGAGUCUCUUCCAAAAAUCUUUGUAAAUAACAUGGUUGCCAACAAACAACGCAUACAAAGUUGUAUAGCGGCAGAAUAAGAUGCCAGGUAGAGAGUGGGCAAUUUAUUUGAGUUUUUCACUCGCCACAUUUAUUCCGAAAAUGUCUGUCCUCACUUAAGAAUAAGCUACGUGAUGAGUUGAUGCCUAUUCGGCAGAUAGUUAGCUAGGUGAAUUGAUCAUGCUACUUUGUAUGGCAUUGUUUGUUGGCGUCCUUGUUAUUUACAAAGUUUUUGGAACAGAUUCUUGUUGGAACGUUCCACAAAUUAUACCUACCCAGCAGUGGGAAUUGGCAGGGACCUGCCUGUGGUGUGUGCAUGGGAGAGAGAAAAAGUAGCCACUGGCUCGAGCUAGUUAGACAACCUAUGACAUUUUCAAGUUUGUCUAUCAUCCCAUCUGGCAGUGCCGGUCUUUAAUGUAUCAAAUCCAUGUAAAUAAAAAAUACUUUAAAAUAGCCAGGUGUUAGCUAGUUGAGGAUAUUUUUCUGCACUCCCCGUCCUUAUCUACAUCAACUCCAUUCAGAUUAAACACCUGUUGGUUACUGGUUGUAGCCUACUCUUUCUCAUUUAGGUGACUUAAUUCCAUAAUUUACAUUACAUUUAACAUGGAUUAGUGAUCUCCCACUUUACAUUGCUACACUCUGACUGUGGUGCCAACAACAACAAGCUACAUGUGUGAAACCUGUGAAGGCUGUACGGUAUGUCUUUUUAUGGGGCGCAGGUCACAACUAACGGCGUAGUUGCGAAUUCUUGCAUUUGUCUCUCCCUGUGCAGCCGCUGUUCUUCAAAAUAUUGCUUCAUAGUCAUUAUUAUGAUCAACUCCAAUGUUGAUGUAAUUGCUGGUGCUGUUUGUCCAUGAAAAUUUAGUUUUUGUUUAUUUUUGAUAGCUGUCACAUUUGAACUCCUCCGUCACUUCACCCAACUCCUUUCCCUGAGCCUGGCAGCUAUUUGCUCAGCAUAUCAAAUUUGUGUGGUCUGAACAAUCCCACUCUAAACCACUGCACACAGAAGAACCAAGUAGCCUUUAACUCCCUCAUCGAAUCUGGACGAAACUGGUCCAGUCCUCUGGACAAGAAGCCUUGAGCUCCAGUUGAAGAGAGGAGUAUGACUGCUGAAACACUUAACUUCGGCCCAGAAUGUUGUCUAGGGGAAGAUAAUGGGCGAUGCAUAUCCAACCUAAACUUGAGGCUCCGUGCACUAUCCAGAGGGGGGUGUGUGACGUCCCCCCCUCCUUCUCCAGCCAUGCCAAAGUCCAAGUUGGCUGAUUACCGCUAUGGCCGCGAAGAGAUGCUAGCACUUUAUAUCAAAGAUAACAAGCCCCCAGAGGACAUGCAGGAUAAGGAGUUUGCUGCUAUCAUGCAGGAUGAGCCUGUGCAGCCUUUGGCCCUGGAGCCUCUAACUGAGGAGGAGCAGAGAAACUUUUCCAUGUCUGUGAACAGUGUGGCUGUGCUGAGGCUGAUGGGAAAGGGAGGCGGGGCUGCCCCUGUAGGCGUGGCUAGGGGCCGUGGAGGAUGCAUCAGAGGAGGUAGAGGGAGAGGGAGAGGUGAAGGUGCAUUCUACCAAAGAGCUCCUGGAGGUCCUGAUGAAGGAGAGGUGGGCUUCGGUCGUGGCCGAGAAAUGCUCCGCAGCCAAAGCUGGGAUGACCGAGCUGAGAGGCCAAGGUUUGAGAAGCCAAUCAGGUGUGCUGAAGUAGUGCGUCCAGGGUUCGAAGAGGCGGGGACUCUGGGCAGGAAGGACUCCUGGCGUGCCGACAGUGACAACUGGCGUACCCUCCGAGAGGAGGAGGAAGAGGCAGCAGCAGCAGCAGGAGGAGAGCAGCCAGCCUGGAGAGUUGCAGGAUCUCGUCGUGAUGAUGGAGGUCCUCGUUCUGCAGGCUGGCGUGAUCGUGGCGGCCGGAGGAAGUUUGAGUUUGACUUCCGUGACGGCGAGGGCCCCCGCAGGGAAUCCGACAGGGACGGCCUUCCGGAGUGGUGCACCGAAGAGGAGGAUGGAGAGAUGGGAACCUUUGACUCCUCUGGGGCCUUCAUGUGCAUCAAGAAAGACUGUAAGGACACCAUCACUGAAGAGGAUCUGGAGUUUGAAGCUCUGGAGGAAGAGGAGGAGAAUGAUCAGGGAGGCAAGGACAACUACGCUGACAGAGAUGAAUGUGAAGCAGCAGGUGAGGGAGAAGAUAAGUACAAGACUCCUUCUCCUCCUGCCAUCUCUGGCUCUCCACCUUCAGACCCUCUUCCUGUCCCCUGCGCCACACAGGCACCCAUCUCCCAUCCCGCCAAAACGAACUAUGUGCCCGCUGAAGGCUGCCCACUUCCAGAGAGGGGUGUGCAGCUCAGCCCAGACCCCCCCGCCACCACCUCCAGCCUGAUGCCUCCUCCCUCUGGAUCUCUCCUCCCUUCAACAGGGGGAGAAGCGGAGGAGGAUGAAGGCAUGAAGCACCUGCAACAGGAGGCUGAAAAGAUGGUGGCCUCACUGCAGGACACCUCCCUUGAGGAGGAGUGUUUCACUCAAGCACUACAGGAGAGCCACACCAUCACCUCUCACUCUCACACACACCCAGCCCCACACUCACACACGCACGCCGCUGGACACACACACUCUCACUCGACCCAUAGGGACUGUGCCCUGCCCCUCUCCCACGAGGCAGCCAUGAAGUGGUUCUACAAGGACCCCCAGGGAGAGAUCCAAGGUCCCUUCUCCACGGUGGAGAUGUGUGAGUGGUUCCAGGCCGGCUACUUCACCAUGACCCUGCUGGUAAAGAGGGGUUGUGAUGAGGGCUUCCAACCCCUGGGUGAUGUCAUCAAAAUGUGGGGCCGCGUGCCCUUCUCCCCCGGCCCCUCCCCCCCGCCCCUCCUGGUGAGACAGCCCCCACCAUCUCGGGGGUCCUCUGGCAAUAUGGACCAGGAGCUGCUGAAGAAACAUUUGGAGCAGGCAGCCACUGCAGCUCUAUACCAGCAACUACAGAUGAGGUUCCAGCACAUGAACAGGAGUGGAGAUUCUAGCAUGAUGCCCUCGAUGAACAGGUCCAUGUCAAUACCUGAUAAUGGGUCCAUGUGGGACAUGCAUACCUCGGCCUCCCAGCAGUCAGGUGGUGAGGCCAACCUAUGGGACUUAACCAUGAGUCAUUCCACUCAGGGGCCAUCUCUGGAGCAGCUACAGAAGCUCCAGGACCGGCGUGAGGCUGAACUCAGGGCCAAGCGAGAGGAGGAGGAGCGGAAGCGGCAGGUCGAGAAGAGGAGGCAGCAGGAGGAACAGAAGAGGCGUGAUGAGGAGGAACUGUACAGGCGUAAGCAGCAGUGUCGGCAGCAGCAGGAGCUGAUCAUGAAGCUGCUGCAGCAGGCCCAGCCCGGGGCCCCAGGGUGUGUCUCUGGGUCAGGGUGGAGUGGCUCCCAGGCCUCAGCCCUCUCCAAACAAGGCAAGAGCCUCGGCCUGCUGGAGCUGGAGACCGAGAGGCUGCUCAAACAGCAGGCCCAGCACCAGAGGGCCCAACAUCAGAGAGAAAGGCAUGGAGGCUUGUCUAUGGGCCAGUGGGGUGAGGGGUCUGUGGGCAUGUGGUCUGGUGGGGGCAUGGAGCCCAAAGGCAGCUCUGGAGGGAUGGGUGUCUGGGAGGAGGCUGUGAAGAACCAAAACAGCCUCCGCAAUAUGGGCAUGAAGAACAGCCGCAGCAGCCCAUCUCUCAGUGAGCAGUACAUGCUGAGGAAGAAGCGUACAGAGGAGGAGGACAAGCUGCUGAAACUGCUGCAGGGCAUGAAGCCCCAGGAUGGCUUCACCACCUGGUGUGAACAGAUGCUACACGCACUUAACACCUCCGCUAACAACUCCUCCUCCUCACUGGACGUGGCAACCAUCGUGGCCUACCUGAAGGAGGUGGAGUCUCCCUACGAGGUCCAUGACUUUAUCCGCUCCUACCUGGGCGACACCGCGGAAGCCAAAGAGUUCGCCAAACAGUUCCUGGAGCGCCGAGCCAAACAGAAAGCCAACCACCAGAGACAACAGCAGCAACAACAGAAGACCUUAUCAGUAACCACCAUCCCUCUCCCUCACCAGCUAUCAAAAGAAGUUUCAGGGCUGUCCAUGAACAACUUUCCUAUCCAGUCCAUGUUCCAGGCAGCCCAGAUGGGAAAGGGAGGAAUGUAUGACAGCCAGGCUGCAAAGAUGAAGAAGAAACAGACCAUGAUGCUUCACUCUGACCCUAGCAUCUUAGGAUAUUCGUUCCUGGGCGCUGGGGAGAGAAUGAACCUGGGCGAGAUGGAAACAGUGGAGGAUUAUUGAUCCACAGCAUCUACCUGAAUCCACCUGAGGCCUUACACCUGGAUUAAAACACACACUGACACACACACUGACACACUCACCUACACCCACACAGACAAUGACGAAUGUGCACUGCUGAGCUACUUUGCCCCCUCAUAGAUGAGGACCUGGUAAAGUAGUGUUUUCUCUCAUCUCUGUGUGAGGAGGGGGGGGGGGGGGGUGUGCAGAGGAGUACCCUCCUGCACUUCUUACAGUUAAGCACCUUAAACUAAACUAAUGCACUUUAUCACGAGGUUUCAAUAUUUGAAAUGAAGUUUUGCCAGUUUGUUUUCUUGUUUUUAGGAUGCAAAAUGUGCAUAUUGUGUCUACAAUACGAUUACACACGUGGAUGUGUGUGCAAAAAUACCUAAGGAACUGGAGGUUACAUCUCCAAUAAUGUGGGGUGAUGAGGAUUUCUUUUGGAAAGUAUGUUCUUUGUUUUCUUUAUAUAAAAAAAAAGUUUUUAUAUAAAAUGUAAAGCUAUAAGAAAUUGCAUUUUAUUAAGAAAAAAACUUGAAGGUUUGCACUUAGAAAAACAAAAAAAACGAGUUGUAGAUAAGUAGUGGAAGAAAUUAUGUUUCUUUGAAUGCUGGUGGGUUUGUGUGGUAGACUUAAAGCCUGCACAAUUUUUAUUGCUUACAGAGAUGCAUAAAAAGGCCAUGUUUUUACUUUGUUCCAUGAAACUUUUUUACUUUGAAGAAUGUAUGCAAUGUGUGCCCAUGUCAGAUGUAUAUGAGUGAUUGGUAGCCAAUGAAUGUGUGUUCUUUUGUACAUGGAAUCUGUGAGUGGAGAGGGCUCUUUUCAACCAAUCUUUCACCAGCUCCUCAUCCCCUAAAUGACUUCAUGAAGGUUUUUUGCUUUGGUGUCCAGUUACCUGACUGGCCUUCUGUGUUUUGUCAUUGGUGCAUUGCUGCCCUCAUUCUCCUUCAUGGUGAGUCACGAUGGUCCAUGGGCUCUGAUUUGCUGAUACAACUGUGAAAACAGAUCUUAUGAUUCAAGGCAGAUUUCCGAGGUGUAUUUUACUGCAGUUAAGUCACUCUCGUUUAAAGAACCGUGAAAAGUUCUGUUUAAUCAUUCUCUUCCUUGUGGUUAUGAGAGUUGGUAAGACCAGAGUAGUCCCUUGCAUUUUCCAAGGGGAUCUAUUGCCUUUAACGACAUGUCAGUGUUGAGGUCUUGCUUUCCUGCUUCCAGGCAGUUUUGCAGACGAUUGCCACUGCGUAUGUUAACCCUAGUAUUGAUAGCUAGAGUCCUGUCUUUUUGUUGCUUUUUGAAUAGAAUGUCAGUUUUUAAACAAAGUGAAAGUAUUUGGACUUGAUAUGGAGCACUUUUGAGGCUGCUACACUAUUGUAUUUUUAUAUUGUUUUAGUUGUUUGUUUUUUUGCCUCUAUGGUAAUUAUUUUUACCUAAAAAAAAAAAAAGAAUCUGGGGGUGGAAAUGAAUGUAUUCCAAAAACUGAAAUGUACAACAGUGCAUUGAGAUGAUGCCAGACUUUAAACAAAUCUUUUGGAGCUAAUGAGUAGAGUUGUGUUGAUGAAGUAUUAGAAUCCCUGAAGAUGAGCUACUGUAAAUGAAACCGAGGUGGCCACGGCUGAACACUGCCUUCUCUUACUGCUCUCUGAGAAACUCUUCCUAAUAAGAUGAAGACAUCUGUCCACCGCCAUGUUGUCGUCCUCGAUACAACACACACACACGAGGAACUAGCAUGGAAAAUGUAGCAGUCGUAUUUUUUUUUGUUUUUUGGGGGAAAAAUGUCUCCUUUUUAUCUUUGAAUGUCUGGGUUGCUACUAUUCAUUAAUGAUCUCUUGCUUUUCCUCAUUGCCUAAAUCUUGUGACAAUUGAGUUUUUGAAGAUGUGGGGCAGAGGAAUGAUCGGUACGUCAUCAGCAAACUGAAACAAUCUUCGCUUUAACCGGUCUGGAUUAUAUUUUUAAUGAAAAAAGAAA